AAAUAUUAAUCGCGUCAUAAGCUGUACUACCUAUCUAGAUAAAGAAAAAAUAAUUAUUUAUUUCACAAACGUAUUUCUGCCUACAUUUUACACAUUUCGAUAUUCUAACUAAAAAAAUGGUAAUAACAGUGCAUAAAAACAUUGUGUCUGGACCAGAGGAGGAACUUAUACCAGCGCACUUAUCCUAUGGACAGUUUCUAUAUGAUAAAUUUAAAAGUGGAGGAAAUAAAACAGCUCUAGUGUGUGGGGAGACAGAUAGAUCUGUGACCUACAGAGACAUUCUGCAGAAAAGUGUUAAUUUAGCUGUAGCACUUCAAGGCCUUGGUUUGAAAAAGGGUGAUGUUGUUUCACUUAGCUGUGAAAACCGUUUCGAGUUUACAGCAACAUCCCUUGCUGUAAUUUUCUGUGGUGGAGUACUAUCUACUCUUAAUGUUACAUACUCUCCAGGUGAGAUAAGCCAUAUAUUAGAAAUAACAAAACCAAAGUUUAUAUUCACCUCACCGAUAACAGCACAAAAUAUAUAUGACUGUAGUCAGGACCUGAAAUAUGUUCAAAAGCUUAUUCUGUUUGGGGAAUAUGAUGUUGUACCUGCACUGUUCUAUGAUGAAUUAAUUAAAGACCAUGUCAAUGUUGAGGACUUUACUCUAGUGGAUGUUAAUGGCACUGACACUGUGGCCAUUAUGUGUUCUUCAGGUACCACAGGAUUGCCAAAAGGUGUGAUGUUGACACAUGUUAACUUCCUAACACUAUCAUCUCAUAUGAGAUACUAUUUAAAUAUAUCUCAAGAAAGAAAGGGUCACAUUGUUAAAAGAGGGUUAUCAUUAAUACCAUGGUUCCAUGCUUAUGGCUUCAUAACAACACUGGCAGUUCUAGCACUGCAUGUUGAAGUGGUAUUCUUAAUGAGAUUUGAAGAGGAACAGUUUUUGGCAACUAUAGAAAAGUAUAAGAUAAACAUGACAACAAUAGUGCCACCUUUGGCGGUGUUCCUAGCAAAACAUCCUUUAGUGACCAAAUAUGACCUGACAUCACUCAACGAAGUGUGGUGUGGAGCUGCCCCACUUUCUAGAGAAAUACAGAUGGCUGUCAGUGAGAGAACAGGUAUAGACUUCAUAAGACAAGGCUAUGGGCUCACAGAAGUGACGAUGGCUUGUUGUGUGGACGUCAUAGGAAAAGCCAAGAUUGGGUCAUGUGGGACACCCGCGCCGGGAAUGAAGAUUAAGGUUAUAGAUAUAGAUUCCAACAAACCUUUAGGUCCAAAUAAAGAGGGUGAGGUCUGGAUCAAAUCUCCUCUUCGAAUGAAAGGUUACUUGGGUGAUCCUGAGGCUGGUGAUUCUUUGCUGGAUAAGGAGGGUUACAUCAGGACUGGGGAUAUUGGAUACUAUGAUGAAGAAGGCUACAUCUAUAUUGUUGAUCGAUUGAAGGAACUUAUUAAAUAUAAAGGAUUUCAGGUGGCUCCAGCUGAGCUAGAAGCCUUAUUGCUACGCAUGAAGGGUAUAGCAGACUGUGGAGUAGUUGGACUCCCGGAUGAAGUAGCUGGAGAGUUGCCCAUUGCCUUUGUGCUCUUACAACCUGGAGCCAAGCUGACAGAAACUGAGAUCACCGAAUACGUCGCGUCAAAGGUAUCGCCGGCGAAACGUUUGCGUGGCGGAGUUAUAUUUGUCGACGAAAUACCCAAAAAUCCGUCCGGGAAGAUAUUGCGACGAGAAUUGAGGAAGCAAUUAAAUUCUCAUAAAAAGAGUAAACUAUAGUGCCAGAAAAUGUCUCUUGCACAAUUGUCUAGUUAUAUAUAUUCAGAAAAAAGUUUGAUUAUUGUGUGAAUAAAUAUUUUAAUAUAUCUCUCCAAAAAUUAAUUCAAUAAAUAUUAAGCAGAAAGCUUAUCUUUUAAC